CUAUCUAUAAGAAUAUUGUUCCAAAAGCUUUUUCAAUGUUUGCCUUUUGGACUUACAUUAGCUAUUGAUCACCAAGUAGGAUCAUCUAGGCUAGCAGAUAUUUAAGUAAUAUGAAGAUAAAGAAACCAACUCCUCUCUCACAAAAAAUGCCUCAUGCAGAUCCAUUGGCUCUUCGAUUCCAAUCCCUCCAAUAUCCCAAAUUUAGUAAAGGCUCCGACUCUCUCAAUCUCUUCAAAAUAUUAAUCCAAACUCGAUCCAUUUCUAAGCUUUUUUUUCUUCUAGACUCAUUGGCUUUGGCAUGAAAACUCAUAAAUAACGUUUCAAAGUUUCCAGUUUUUGUCAAGUGGUUUUGUUGUGAUGCUUUUUCAUUAUGAUGGUAACGUUGAGGAGUGGAUGCAAUUUCAAUGGAAUGAUCUUGUCAUUUAUGUGUCUGCAGUCAAUCAAACAAAAUGGUGGUUCGCAAAGCGUUUCUUACAUCGUGAUAUAGUUGAUCAAUAUAGUCGCAUUCUUCUACGGGAUGAGGACCUUGGAGUUGACAAUUUCAAUCCUCAACGGUAUGUGUCCAUUGUUCGAAAGGAAGGGCUUGAAAUAUCACAACCGGCACUUGAUUUUUUCAAGACAGAGGUGAACUACAUGGAGAAACUUUCAAAAGAUGAGGGGAUUCAGAAGAAACUCAGCAAGGAUAUUUUGCAAUAUAAAGCUCAUAUAAUCAAGAUAUUUGUGGAACAUAGGCACAAUUGGAUCUCUGCAGAUUUAGAGUUUUAGAAAUUUGCCUAGGGCUUAGGAUGCAAGUCAUUGGUGAAUUGUAAACUCCAGUUUAUUAAAUAAAUUAGCUUUUUGUAUCUUUUUAUGAUGUCACUGUUAUGUUUAGUUUUCCUUAAUAAAACAUUACUUUUAUAGAU